AUGGAAGCCGAUGGUCCAGACGUCAAACGUCCCCGUUUGGAUACUCACUACCCUCCUCACUCUUCUGUGCCUCCUCCACCGCCCGCCCGGUAUCACGAACCAGCACCACCCCCCGCCUACCCUCCCAACACGCUGCCGCCACCGCCAAUCCAGGGCCAUCCGCCUUCCGUCCCGGGUACGCCUCUCGGUCCACGCGCUCCGCGCGCCCUGCCCGAACCCGUCAACUUCAGCCAGCACCCGAACCAACGCCCAGGCAAUGCGCCGCCCGUAACCAUCCCGUCGAGGUCCUACUCCGUGGAGUCGCUGUCGCGUCCUCCGAGCAACCCCAGCCAGCCGUCGCCCAUCGACACGCGGCCGCGCCAGCUCGCCGUCUCCGGUCCACCUGAAGGCCCUCCUCACCAGCAGCAGCAACAGCAACCACCACCACCAAUGGACCAUGGUGGUCACCAUCCCGGCGCAUAUCCCAAUCAUGAUCCCCACAUGAAUGGUGCUGCGCCGGCUCCCUACCCUCCCCCCGCAAACCAUCACAAUCCCUACAAUGGCCCACCACCCCCCAUGGGCCCUACCCAGGGCUACCACCCCUCACCUUACGGUCAACCAGGUGUAUACGGUCAAGCCGCGGACUACGUGGGCGCCGGCCGCAAGCGUCAAGUGCGCGCCGUGCAGGCCUGCAACAACUGCCGAAACCGCAAGCAGAAGUGCGACGAAGCACGACCGUGCCAGUUUUGCCGCGAGUCCGGGCUCAAGUGCGAGUACAAGGAAGUGCCACCGCCCAAGCAAGACCGAACGUUGCAUGACAUCGCGACCAAGGUCAGCGCGCUCAUGGAAAACUUUGCGUCCAUUCCGGGCCGCCUCGAUAGAAUAGAGCGGCAGCUCCGGGGCCAUCAGAAUGGAGAGGGUACGCUUACGACUCCAUCGGACCAAUUCCCUGCGCCAACUCCCGCUGUAGCAGAAGAAGCUGAGGGAAGUACCUAUGAUCCAGUUAGGGAGAAAACGUCGUCCGAGCCGCCGAAUGCUGCGGCAAAAGCGCUGUCCGGACCCAAGUACUCUCUGCCUCCCGACGCUUCCCAGACAAUCGGCCCGAAAGGGCACCCGGCGCAGGUCCCGGACUUUUUCGAGGCCGAGAUCACAUUACCCGCCGACCAUACGACCGCCGCCCACACCAUGUUGAUGGAUUGGUCUGCGAUGCAGCCCUUCUUCAAAGACGUGAUCCCCGGCGGAACGAACUACCCGAGAGAGCAAGAAGAGAACCGGGGGUUGCUUAAGCUUUAUGGAAGAGGCGAGGGCGAAGACCUCUACGACGGUGCCCAUGGUGGUAGUCCUGCAGCAGAAGGUGCCGAAGAUGACGUCGUUAGCACUCCUGCCCCUUCGCCCGGAUCCAACAGCUGGGGCAUCGGCUUCACCGCGCAGCCUACCGGGGCGGACAUCCACCGGUCAGAUCCGCAGCACAAUUGGGGCGGCCUUAAUCCGGACGGCACUCUUAAGCUAGAUGUCAGGACCGUGAAGCGCUUACAUCACAGCUAUCUGAGCCACAUGCACCCGCUGCAGCCGUUUCUGGACAAAGAGCGGCUGGCGUCUAUGGUGGAAAAGUUCAUCCAGCGGUACAGCCCGGACGCCGGUAACCACAAUGCGAGGUCGCCCUUUGCCGUGCCGGACACCUACCCUGCCGUUCCCCUUAAGCGGAAGAGGUCGAAUAACGGCCCUAUCCCUGGACCCGAGCCCGGAACUCCGCCUAGCAGAGGUAAUUACAUAGAGCGUACCAUUGGGAACGCGAUAGUCCUUCUAGUGCUCGCCCUGGGAAGGAUCUGCGAGCACAAGACCCAUCUGCCCGGUCCCCUGGGCGGCCCGAACACGGUCGUCGGAAGCUCUCUCCAGAUGCCCUCAAUGGAUUCCCCACCGGCCACUAUCAAGCCCUCUCCCGCCUCGUCACAUUCCACCCUGGCCAGUAUCCCGUCGCCGGGCAUCGACGGAGCACGCCUCAUGAGCCGGAGACCGUCCACGGAGCAAGUGCCUACCUCGGACCGGAGGGACACCGCGGCACGGAACAUGGAUAUCACGCCCGGCCUCGCGUACUAUGCCUACGCCGUCGAGAUACUCGGUGCGGUCCACGGAGGAAACGAUCUCUCUCACGGUCAAGCAGGUGUUUUGGCAUGUCUCUACAUGGGCCAGCUGGCUCGCGUUUUAGAGAGCUGGGGAUGGAUCUGCUACGCGUGCAGAGUCUGCGGCGUCCUCAUUGACAAAGACAAGGAAUCGCUCUUCCCCAACGCUCCAGAGCCCGACGUUUCGGACAGCAUGGAUCUGAGAAAGGUUGCCCCAGGCGUGUCCAGCGGCGUUGACAGGCGCAAGACGAACCUGACCAAGUUCCUGUACUGGACUUGCUUGCAGCUUGAAAGUGAUAUCCUGGCGGAGAUGAGCCACCUUAGGCCGAGCGGUAUCUCGAAGGACGAAGAACGCAUAGGUCUACCAAGCCAGAUAUACCCAGAGCUUCCGCUGGAUCCACCCGAGGAGAUGAACUGGCUGUACUACUCGGCCCAGAUUCAGCUCCGCAAGAUCCUCAAUAGAACCCAUCUGGCUCUGUACAAAGGGCGAAAGAAGAAUUUCUGGGCUGCAUUGCGCGACGACAUGCUGGAGGAACAGCUCCAGGGUUGGCGGGAAACGCUUCCGGCAUGGCUUGGAUGGGACGAUUCCGACGAGCCGUCGGACGAUAUCAACAAGGCCCGCAUGCGCGCCAAGUACUACGGUGCAAGGUACAUCAUCACGAGGCCGAUCCUUCACUGGGCGAUUCACACCAAUCCGGCGCCGACGUUCCUGAUGAAGCAGUACGGCUUCACGCCCGCCGACGAAAACGACUCGCCCGACCCGUCGGAGAAUCUGGUGUCGGACUCGCUGUCCAAGGCGAGCUGGCACAAGGUCAUGAUGGCGAGUAAGCGCUGCGUAGAAUCGGCAAUCCAGAGCACCAUCGCCUUUGACGGCAUCGAGAACACCAACCAGCGACUGAUUGUCACCAACAUUUUCGGCACGGCUCACGCGCAAUUCGGCAACUGCCUGGUGCUGGCGGCGGUGCGCAAGUCGUGGAUGCGCGACCUCAUCCCGCACGCGCGCGUCAUCGCGCUCGUCGAGCGCACAAUCAGGUUCCUGCGGCGUCUGGUGCCCAUCUCGCCAACGCUGCGCGUGGACGUCGCGAUUCUCGAGAACACGCUGAAGUGCUUGAAUGGCGAGAAGUCGGAUCCCGCUUCGGUGGACGCCUCGUUUGGGACAUAG